UAGUCCGCGGGCGCAAGCGGCUGCACGCGCCGGCCGCGUAUACCGGGGGCGGCGGGGGCGGCGGCGGCAGUGCGUCUCCAGACAGCGCCUCAGCUCACACCGCCGCCACAGCGCCCCACUCGCCAGCGCCGCCGCCACACUCAACCCUCACCGCGGACGCCAUGGAGGACCUCCCGCCAGAGCAGAUCGCCGUGCUGAAGAAGUGCUUUGACGCCUUCGACCGUGAGAAGAAUGGCAGCAUCUCGACCAAUAUGGUGGAGGAGAUCCUACGCCUUAUGGGGCAGCCCUUCAACAAGAAGAUCCUGGCCGAGAUGAUAGAGGAAGUAGACGCAGACAAGUCCGGUCGCCUUGAGUUCGACGAGUUCGUGACGCUGGCGGCCAGGUUCAUCAUAGAGGAGGACGACGAGGUCAUGGAGAAGGAGCUCCGCGAGGCCUUCCGCCUCUACGACAAGCAAGGCAACGGCUACAUACCCACCACCUGCUUGCGGGAAAUCCUGCACGAGCUGGACGAGCAGCUGACGUCGGAGGAACUGGACAUCAUGAUCGAGGAGAUCGACUCCGACGGCUCGGGCACCGUCGACUUCGAUGAAUUCAUGGAGAUGAUGACCGGUUAAAUCUGCCACCGCUGUCCUGCCGAAUGCGUCCUGCUAAAAGACAUUCUUCCACUUUCAUGUUCAGUGCACUCAGUGAAACACUUAACAGUUUUUUACUCGCAUCACUCUAUGUCUGGACUUUAUUCUGUCAAAUAAUUGUAUCAAUAUUUCACUACUCACAAUAAAACGUUGUUAAAAUUAAA